ACAAAACCAGUCGAUGCUCGAUUUCCUCAGUUCUAUUCCGCGCACAUUCCCCCCUCUCUAGCGCCUCCGCCUUCAAUCCGUGUUUUGUCCGAUCCGGUCUGUCGGCGUCUUUUCCGAAAAGUGACUCUCUUUGUACUUUGACUGACGCGAGCUUCAACCCGAUGCAAUUGCUUUUCCUUCUACUUUUCACACCUUAUACGAUCGUUGGAGAAAGCCCUGAUUUCUGCCCCCAACAUCCAGUUUAUGGCAAGGAACCCGAAGAGGACUGUGCUCAAGCUUCUGAUCCAAAUGAGCUUCCAAAGUCUCCACUGGAAAAAUGGUUUACAAAACAAAUGUUUGAGGACUUAUUUCCAAAGUCAAAUAUUGGAAUGGGACCUCAUCCGUGCUUACCGUACUCAUAUGAAUCUUUUAUAAUGGCUGCUCGAUACUUUCCCGAGUUUGGAGCAGCACAUCCAAAUAAACAAUUCAAAGCUGAUGAGCAUCAUAAGAGAGAUGUAGCUACAUUUUUUGCACACGCUUUGCAGGAGACUGGUGAAAAUGAUGCAAGUGUUUAUAAUAAUACCGAUCUAACACUUGAACAAGCUCACGAGUGCUUCUAUCGUGGCGGAUUCUAUAAUUGGUUUGAACGUGGACCAAACUCUACAUUCCUUUCUCCAGCAGCUCCAGGAUUCUCUCCAUUUGAUGGUAAAAGAUGUACUGACGAGGGAAGAUACUGCAAGUCGGAUCCGAUUAUUGAUUUUUGGUAUCCAUGUAACUCAGAUAUCGAAUCACAUUCUGACAAAGAAUAUCAUAAAGGAUGUUAUUUCGGACGAGGUGCUCUCCAACUUUCCUGGAACUACAACUAUGGGCUUUUCCAACAGUUUCUGCUCACAAAAGGGGUGAAAGUUGAUCUAAUUGAGAAUCCAAAUCUAGUUAUGACAAAAAUGGAUCCACCACUUGCAAUGAUGGCAUCUUUGUGGUUUUAUAUGACUCCUCAACCACCAAAACCUUCAAUGCAUCAAAUAGUAACCGGCGACUGGAAACCGUCUUCAAAGAAUCGGAGAGCCGGAUAUCAAGGAGCUAUUUUUGGGCCAACCAGUCUUAUAAUCAAUAAUGAAUGUGGUGGUGAAGAUCCAGAUGAGCCUGGAGGUCCCGGAGAAUCUCGAAGAAUAAAAGCAUUCAAAUGGUUCUGUAAAUACUUCAAAGUUCCAGUUGGCUCCGAGAGAACACUUAGCUGUAAAGGAAUGCUGGACGGAUUCGACGCUGUUCAACACAUGUACUCUUGGCAUCCAGAUUGGGGGAAUAUGUGGAAAUCUCAAUCGUGUGAUUGUGCUCCGGCUCCAUAUGGUGGUCCACUUCCAUACUACGAUCCGAAACUGUAUCCACACGAAUUUACAAAACAAAACGAUCGAAAUCGUUUGCGAUGUGUCUACAGUAUGUACGAAAGCCCAGAGACAUUCCGACUUGAUGCUGGAAACUCGCCUUGCUUGAAGCAUAAACCGAAAAUUCGCUUGACCAAAACUGGAAUAAGGGGAUAGUGGUCGCCAAAAUCUCGAAUAUUUGAUUUCUAUGAAAUGCUCUUUAACUUAUGCAUAAACUUAUUCACGUUU